CUUAUAGUAUAGUAAUAUAACAUUUUGGUGUACUGUGAUUUGUUUAAAAAAAGUGAACGAAUUUAAGUGAAAUACAGUUUUUCCAGUGCUUUUACAUAUUUUCGCAGUUAUUCCGUUAUUGGUUAACGGAGUGGAACAUCUAUCUUGAAUAUAACAGCGGUCACGUUAUAAAAAAUUAUCAAAACAAAGUUUUUAUGCAUACAAGUUGUUACUAAGGCGACACCGAGAAGAUUGCCGAUUAAAAUUUUGGCGUAAAACCAAAAACGAAUUGAGUCAGUGAAAAUGGUUUUAAGGAAGUGCAUAAUGUUGGGACAAAAUGGCGUGAGCAAGUGAACAAUAAAACAAAAUGUCUCCUGACAAACGCAAAAGUGUCGGUGUAACAGAAUCUAGGACUUUAAUAUAGUUAUAAUAUAACAUAAUAAAUUUGAUCUCAAAAUAUACUGCUCAACAAUGAUUGCACUAAAGAAAUUGUACGGCGAUGAAUUGCUGCGUCUAGCAUUAGUUCUCAGUCUUCUAAAAUCAAACCCAGAUGAAUACCUUUUAGAUGAGAGCCAACAGAUCCUAGCUGGAUUAAAUAUAUCCAAUGGAUCUGAUUGGUCAUUGGAACAAGAAGCUAGAACCCUGAUAAGACCAAGGUUUGUACAUCCAAAAUCACUCGAUAAUGUACUUAUGAAUUAUGAAAGACGAUUGUUUGAAGAAUUAAAUUCGCUUGGACGUUACACCGGUAGUAAUGCUCGUGUUCUUCAUACAUAUUUAUUAAAUAACGUAUCGACAGAUACAGUUAAAGCUGUACUGUCAACGGCGACGGACAACAAUGAAAACGAUGUAUCCUCUGAUGAUAAUGUAGCACAUGAAAUCAAAGUUGAAAACGAUGAAGAGGAUACUAACGAUUCAGAAUUCAAUCCAACUAAUCAAGAAGAAACCAAUCAAGCUAAUCAACCAGAUGUUGUUGUAACGUUGUCUCAAGAUUUCUUUAAUAAUAGAACAGAAGAUGUAUUUGCGGAGAUAGCUUCAAGGUCGUUCGAUGUCAAUGAAUUCCUUGUACAACCAGACAUGUUGAUUAAGAAGGAACCAGAUUUGGAGCCGGAUUUAUUAGAUGUUAAAGUAAAGAAAGAAAAUGAUUCGGACCUUUACAGUGAUAAUGCUAUUGACUUCGUACCAUAUUUUACUGAAAGAUCUGAGAAAUUUGAAAUAGAUGAACCUAAUUCGGUGUACCAUCAAAAUCUAGCCGAUCUUCAAGAUUAUAAUGAUAUGUUUGAUGAUAUGAAAGAAUUAAAGAACGAUCUAGAUCUAGAUAUAAAACAACAGCAAGACAAUUUGGAACAAUAUCUUCUGGAAAAUACACCUUUGGAUGCGGAAGUGUAUGAAUUGGCGCCAAUGUUUGAAGAGGAAUUGGUGUUGGACGUGAAGAGGGAAAGAGCAAGCACCAGUUUUACUUCAGCAAGUUCUAGUGGUGUGAGCGAGAUGGAUGUAUCUAUUGAUGUAAAGUUGGAACCAGAUGAAGGUCACCACAGCGGAGAUGAAUUGACUCAAGAGGACAUGGAUCUCAUCGAGGUAUUAUGGAAACAAGAUGUGGACAUGGGUUUCUCCCUCGAGGAUCCCGUGCAGCCGGAGGGACCUCAAGCUACUAAGGUGGAGCUGCAAGAUGAGUUAGCUAAAGAACUGAAACUAGCAGAAGAGCAGAUCCAGCAGAAAUUAGAAGAGACGGAGAAGAUAGAGAAGGUGAAAGCUUCUCUACUUGAUCCUGAUUCUAAAGAGGAUGAUCCUUGGGCUGGGCUUUCUUAUACAGUGGAUACUGAAACGGGUGAAUACGUGAUCCAAGGAGAGCUGCCCCGCGAGCUGGUGAACAGUGAGGAGUCAAGGUUCGAUCUACUAGAGGAGGCACUUCAGCUUGUUGAGCUCGGAGACGAAGCGGAGCCUAAGGAUGAAGAGCCUGAGGCGGUAGAAUCUUGCAGCAGUGGUAGCAGUGCAAGUGGCACCGAAAUGCUGCAUCCUGCUAUGCGGCAUGUGCCGCACCAUCCUCUAGCACAUUAUCACAACCAGUCUCGGCCGCAGCGCUGGCAGGACCUGGCUUCAUUGCUGACCAUCCCUCCACCCCCUGAGCAGUACCAGCAUUACCAACAUCCUCAUAACAUCACUGCACAUGGAGCUCCGGUUGGUUAUGGACCAAAUUAUCACGCACCAGCUCCAGUCGCUGAUAAACAUCCUGAAACUUACGGAGGAGCUACUUCUUUAGAUGGUGCUUAUAAAGUUGAGACUACCCACCAUCCACAGCCACAUGAUGCAUUGUAUUACCAGAAUUCUGGGGCAGAGAUGGCACCACCUAAUCAAGAUGGCUUCCUUCAAGCCAUACUCAAUGAUGAAGACCUGCAGCUGAUGGAUAUGGCGAUGAAUGAAGGCAUGUACACAAUGCGAAUGUUGGAUGGAGCUCCUCACAUUCCGCCUCACAACCACUCUCAUAUGACUGUGGUGACUGAACGUGAUUCUGCAUCGGACAGCGCGGUGUCGUCUAUGGGCUCUGAGAGAGUCCCUUCUCUGUCUGAUGGAGAAUGGUGUGAUGGCAAUGAUUCCGCUCAAGAGUUCCACAGUUCAAAAUUCCGGCCGUACGAUGCUGCGUACUCCAGAGAGAGAUCUCAUCCGCCGCAGAAGAAACAUCAUAUGUUCGGCAAAAGAUGCUUCCAGGAGCAACCCCCAACAAAUCUGGAGCCAUUAACUCGCACCCCCAGCUCCGUUAAAUAUGAAUGCCCUGAACAGACUUAUCAUCACGACUUACAAAUGCAUAAUAUAGAUUACAGCGGUCGUCAGAUGGCGCCGCAUGCGCCUGCAAUCCAGCCCAGUCUAGACUUGAAUGCGGCACAUUCCAGUCAUACCUUGUUGCAGUCGAACGUAUCGAGUCCCGGUCGUUAUGGAGUUAGUGGAGAAAGAGUUCGUCACAACCACACUUACAGCGCACUCGAACCUCCCACUGAGAGACAUGUCACUAGAGAUAAACGAGUUCGAAGGUUGACAGACGGUAGUACAUCUGACGGUGGGUCGACAAGUUCACAGCAUCUUUCGAGAGAUGAAAAACGCGCUAAGGCACUGGGUAUACCGUUGGAAGUUCAUGAUAUUAUCAAUCUGCCGAUGGAUGAAUUUAACGAACGUUUAUCCAAACAUGAUUUGAGUGAGGCACAACUGUCCCUUAUAAGGGAUAUACGUCGUAGAGGCAAGAACAAGGUUGCAGCUCAGAACUGCCGCAAGCGCAAGUUAGAUCAGAUAACUUCAUUAGCUGACGAAGUACGUACAGUACGAGAUCGCAAAGCGCGCACUCAACGCGAGCACAGCGCGCUGCAAGCGGAGCGACAACGCGUCAAGGAGAGGUUCGCAGCACUCUACCGACAUGUGUUCCAGAACCUUCGUGACCCUGAUGGUAGACCAUUAUCAUCAAACCAGUACUCGCUGCAACAAGCCGCUGAUGGUAAUGUGGUUCUGGUGCCGAAGAUGCACCACGACCAUCACAUGAACAGAACUGAUGAUGACAUUGACAGGAAGACGAAGCACUACGAAUGAAACUGGUUUCUUUUUUACAUAAAUAAAUGAAUUUUACAAACUUGUUUUACAUAACAGAUUGG